CGUCGCGUCGAUAAGUCGUGAUUUGUGCGGUGGGUUUGCAUCGGUUUUUGGACUGAAAGAUUGGAUUGUGUUUGUUAGUGAAGUGGAGAUCUAUCUGUGUGGCAUGUUGAAGUCGCCUAUAAUUCUCUGGCUGUGUUGCAUUAGCAUGUGAAUGAGCGGCAACCCAAAUACUCAGCAACACUCGAUCGGAUAUAGUAAAGUUAAUUUAAAUAACUCACCGAAGGGCUUCGAAGGUCACGAGUCGAUUACAAUAAAGCAUGGCAAAUCCAACUAACUAUUGAUAUUGCAUAAAAUAGUAGUUGCAUGUCUCAACAAGUUACGCAAACAUUUCGUAAAAAUAAUCCCACAACAAGCAAUUAAAAAAAAACACAAAUAUAUAUAGAACGAGUCUACUCAAAAAUAUAUAUUAAACUAGAAGAAAAUGACGAAGCUUCAAGUAAUUGUUCAUCCAGUAAGGAAAGAAUUUCGACGUAAACGUUGCGGCUUUGAUCAUGAUACUCCCGAUGAUUUUGUCAAAUCCCAGUGGCAAACCUGUACAAAGAGCAUGGCAUAUUUAUUCUAUCGCUGGUUUAUGGCCCUCUUCUUUAUUGGCGUCGUCAUCGAGUCCAUGUGGCCCCAGGCCGAUGAUGAGACUAGCUACUGGCUUUACUUCAUCUAUAUGACUAAUUGGGGCAUUUGGAUGUGUAUGUUAACCAAUUUGCUUGGGGCCAUACUGGUUACCAUAUGGCACUAUCAUCCAGAGUAUUCGGAUAAACUUCUUAAUAUGGAGGCUUGGUUGAGUCCCUUUAGAAUUUACUGGAGCAUGCAUAUUAUAACGCUGGUACUAUCGAUAGUUAUCACCAUCAUCUAUUGGAGCAUUCUAUAUGAUGCUAAUGAAAGUGCAUUGGAUGCUACCAAUGUUCUUACCCAUGGCUUCAACUCGAUUUGCAUGUUUAUCGACCUCUGGAUUGUGGCCCAUCCAUUGCGAUUACUCCACGCAUUCCUCCCAGUCGUGUUCGGUGUCAUCUAUGCCAUCUUUUCGUAUAUUUACCAAAUGUGCGGAGGCAUUAACAAGAAGGGGAAACCUUAUAUCUAUCACGUGAUUGACUGGAGUCAACCGAGAAAUGCAUUCAUUACCGUCUUGGGAGUCCUGGUGCUCUCCUGCUGUAUCUAUGCCUUGCUCUUCGUCUUCUUCAAGCUGCGACUCUUCCUUUCACGCAGUUGCCGCCAGGGAAGCUUCGUGCUGCCAACGACGAGUAGCAAACAGUCUGGCAAGGCUGUCGAUGACAAGCAGACAACACAGAAUGGUAUUCAGCACUCGUCCUCCAGGAUCUCCAUGGUAUUGGGCAACUAUGCUGGAUAUGAGAAUCAGGCCUAUUCUCCAAGCACUGGAGAUCCGGCUCCAAAGAAUUAACUUGAAUCUAUAACUAUGGGAAAUAUUGGGAGGGAGAGAGUCUAUUGUCUAAGCUUUGUUGCAACUUUAGUCAAUCUGUACAGUAGAAUUUUGAACAAGUGAUAUUAUAUUAUAUUGUAGUUAAGCUUAAGCAAAUAAAUGUUACUUUGGCAAGGAUCUUUUGUAAGUCCUUGGGUAUUUACUUUUCGCUAUGUAAAAAACUAUUAAUUGUCAAUAUUUGUUUUCCAACUGAAAAACCCAAAUAUGUAUUAAAAAUGUCAUAAAAUAAUCAAAACCAUCAAACAGAACCUCCUUGUGGCAAUUGUCGAAUGGAUAAAGAAUGAAUAAUGUCCUCUUGCCUGGGAACUUUACAGUUGAUAAUCAAAAAUUAAUAUUGAGGGACAUUUUUCGAAAAGGUUAAAUGAUGGACAACCAAAGUUUUCAUUCACCCUUAAUGAAAGGACUAAAAAAAAAAGAAAAUUCAAAACAAUUGAGUCAGCUACAGUCGAGAAUGUUCGACUGUGAAAUACUCGAUACAUAUUUUAAGAAAGUACAAGAAACACAGGUGUUUUCAUUGUUUAACUAAAUUAUUUGUUUAUGUUAACAUCUAUUUUAUACAUCAACGUUUUUUUAAUAUUCUGCUCAUACUUUAUAUGCAGACUAACGCUUCAAUUAAUCGCAAUUAUGAACUUAUAAACUUAACAGUAUAAAACAAUAGUAUUGCUAAAAAAAGCUGACCUGUUGAUUUCUCAAUUAUGUAAAGCAGCUGCAAUCCAUUUAAGUUAUAGUAUUCUGGUUGCAAAAUUUAUUUUUUCUUUUAAUUGUGAGGCACAACUUCUAAAAAUAAAUAAAAAUAAUAAAUAAAA